AAAAUGGCUUCUUCAAUAUUCUCUCUUCUCUUCCUAACUAUUUUUCUUGUUUCUCUUUCUCAUGUUCUUUCAUCAUCAUCAAAGUUUUUCUUGGAUUUCCAGCCUAAGAAAACAAUGUCUGAAAAAUUCAUGAGACAACUUAACUUAUUCCCUAAACAUGACAUAAAUAUUAUUGUUUCAUCAAAAGAAAUAGCAUCUCUUAUUACUAAUCAGAGACUAUUUGAAAAGAAAUUGAAUUUAUCAUACCUUGGUGAUUCCGGUACUACUGUCCAAGACUUAGCUCAUCAUGCUGGUUAUUAUCAUCUUCUACAUACUAAAGCUGCAAGGAUGUUCUACUUUUUCUUUGAAUCAAGGAGCAACAAGGAUGAUCCAAUAGUGAUGUGGCUAACAGGAGGGCCAGGAUGUAGCAGUGAAUUGGCUUUAUUUUAUGAAAAUGGACCUUUUAAAAUAUCAGAUAACAUGUCUCUUGUCUGGAAUGAAUUUGGCUGGGACAAGGUCUCUAAUCUUAUAUAUGUCGAUCAACCAACGGGGACUGGUUUUAGUUAUACUUCUGAUAAUCGGGAUAUUCGUUGCAAUGAAACGGAUAUAAGCAAUGACCUUUAUGAUUUCAUACAGGCCUUCUUUAACGCGCAUCCAGAGUAUGUAAAUAACGAUUUCUACAUUACUGGAGAAUCAUAUGCAGGGCACUAUAUUCCUGCAUUUGCUGCUCGUGUUCACCAUGGAAACAAAAAGAGAGAAGGAAUUUACAUAAACCUUAAGGGAUUUGCCAUCGGAAAUGGAAUGACAAAUCCAGAAAUACAGUUCAAAUCGUACACUGACUAUGCUUUGGAUAUGAAAUUGAUCAAUCAAACUAAUUACGACGACAUAAACAAGUUUUAUCCGAAAUGUCAACAACAAAUUAAGUCAUGUGGAAAUGGUGGUGAAGACGCUUGCUUGUAUGCAUUUCAAUAUUGCACAAACAUCUUCAGCAGUAUAAUGGACAUUGUGGGUGACAAAAAUUACUAUGAUAUACGGAAGACUUGCGAAGGUGACCUUUGCUAUGACUUCUCGAGAAUGGAAACUUACCUCAACAACGACCAAGUUAAGCAUGCCCUUGGUGUUGGUGAUAUUGAAUUUGUUUCAUGUAGUUCUAUAGUUAAACAGGCAUUGGGCACGGAUAUGAUGAAGAAUUUUGUAGUUGGUAUUCCUCCACUUCUUGAUGAUGGUAUCAAUCUACUUAUUUACGCCGGAGAGUAUGACCUUAUGUGCAACUGGCUCGGGAACUCAAAUUGGGUGCAUGCAAUGGAAUGGUCUGGGCAGAGAGACUUUGGUGCUGCACCAUCCAUUACUUUUACAGUAGAUGGUGAGGAGAAAGGAGUUCAAAAGAAUCAUGGACCUUUGACAUUCCUCAAGGUCCAUGAUGCAGGUCAUAUGGUUCCAAUGGACCAACCUAAGGCAGCAUUGGCAAUGCUCCAGAGAUGGACACAAGGCAAAUUGUCCAACACUUGCUGAAGAGAAUCAACAAUUCCAUAUUCAUAGUUGCAUCUAGGGUGAACAAAAUCAAACCGUAAACUGCCCCAAAUCGAAAAAUCAAAUCAAUCAGCAUACAAAACUACUAUAUUUGAUUCGGUUCAAAUAUACACUUUUCGUUAUACUUUCGGUUUAAAUAUAUUCCUCCCUUUAUACUUUGACAUAAAUCUAUCCUUAAUUUUAACGAAAUAACACGUAAAAAACUCAAAAUAAAUAACUCAUUUCCAAUUUUAAAUACAUUCUAGAUUUUCAUUUGUUUUUGUUUUUGCUCAAAAAAUAUUUAUUUUUUAAAAUUAAAACAGGUGAUAAAUUGUUGAAGACUUUUCCUGAUACUUUAAAUUUAUCCUAGAUAUUUUCUUUAUGUAUAUUUUUAUCUUUGCCUUUUUUAUUUUCAAUACUGUUAAAAAAUGUAAUUAUUGACAUCGGGGAAUAAAAUUAGAUACCAUCUCUCUGUAUAUUACUUUUGAAAGUCUCUAAGUAACUUGUACACUUGUUGAUAAACGAAACUAUUGUAAAAAUGAAGGGAAAAAGAAAAUCAUAGGAAGGAUAUGAAACCAAUAAAAAAAAUUGGAG